AUGCAUAAGGUAUAUAUCUUAAAUUAUCUCUCUCAAUUUCCUAUUCGUAUACUUCAUUUAGCAUUUCAUAGUCGUUUCAAUCGUCGUGUACAAAUUCAUCAUCCAAAUAUAUGGUCAUUCAUCAAGCUUUUGCAAGGUGAAGAAAGUCGUUUUUAUCAUAUGCUUAUACAAUUUAAUGCUGGUUUAGGUGCAAGAACAAAACAAGCAAAAACAAUUGCUAUUCAACGUCGUAUAGAUAAUCUUGAUAAACGGUAUUAUGAUGGUCUAAUUGAUGUAAUGGAAUAUUUAAAUGGAUUAUCAUUUACAGUAGCUAAACGAAAAAAAUAA